UGAGCACAAACAAGACUCAACUAAAGUGCCACAGAAACGCUUUAAUGAGACAUACAUUUACAAAAGAUACAUUAACACUUGUGUACUUACACACAAUGAUGCAGUGUCUAACACAAUGAACUGGCAUCUGAUAAUCCAACACACAAGGUUCAUAUGCCUGGCCUAAUUAGCGCCAAUGAGGCGCAGGUGAGGAGCUGCUGCCAGAGGCAGCUGUGCACAGGGCAGAGGCCUGGCCACACCCCUGACAAUCUUUGCGCUUUGAUGGAAACCCGCUGGGGGCAACUGACAUUGUUGAUGGUUCGAAGGACUAUCAAAGCAAUAUAUUCUUGCAUUCAGGGUCUUGUUCAGGAACCAGGUAUCCAAGCCAUAGAACACGAGUUAAUUCCCAUAACAUCAGGCAUCACAAUAGCAAAGAUGGAUUUUUGUCUUCACUUGUUGUUGCUCUUGUGUUGUAUCAGUGGACUGUUCACUGGAGCUUGGGCUUUUGCUAUAAAUAGAGAUCGUUAUUGCCCUCCAGAAUGGACUCGGUUGGACAACCGCUGUUUAAUCUUUCAAAAUGAGGAAUUAAAUUUUGCUCUUGCUGAGACUGUUUGCAACAUUCUUGGUGGAAACUUGGUUUCAAUCCACAAUAGCCUGGAAAAUGAAGUAGUUCGACACCUGAUUCUGGCAGGGGCUGGCUCUUUUCAGCGUUCUUGGAUUGGACUCUAUGACCGGAUUGUGGAUGGAGAAUUCUUAUUUACGGAUGGCUCACCCUUUGAUUUUGAUGACUGGGCAAAUGGCCGUCCGAGAGUGGAUACAAAUCAAGACUGCGUAGAGAUAAACUUUCAAGGUGAAACCUGGAAUGAUAUUCGGUGUGCUGUUCGAAGAUCAUUUGUCUGUGCCAAAGAUUUGAAACACUAAAAACACAAGCAGGUCAACUUGUUUUGCUUGCAGUGUGAUUCCCGC